CUGCAGCGGCUCGCCAGGGAAGAUGGCGCCGUCCCACGUCCUCAAGUGCUGCCAGAGGGUGCUGGCCUGGGUGCCCGUGGUCUUCAUCGCCCUGGUGGUGGCCUGGUCCUACUACGCCUACGUGGUGGAGCUGUGUGCGUUUACGAUUACCUCAACUGGAGAAAAAGUUGUCUACCUUGUGGUUUUUCAUCUGUCAUUUGUCAUGUUUGUAUGGUCCUAUUGGAAGACGAUUUUUACAACUCCUGCUUCCCCCUCCGAUGAGUUCUGCUUAUCAAAAUCUGAUAAAGAACAAUAUGAAAGAGAAGAGAGACCAGAAUCCCAGCAGGACAUUUUGAGAAGAGCUGCUAAAGACUUACCUAUCUAUACCACAACAGCAUCAAGGGCAAUCAGAUAUUGUGAUAGAUGCCAACUAAUCAAGCCUGACCGCUGUCACCACUGUUCUGCAUGUGACCUAUGUGUACUAAAAAUGGACCAUCAUUGUCCUUGGGUGAAUAACUGUGUGGGAUUUUCUAACUACAAAUUCUUCCUCCUGUUUUUAUUAUACUCCUUAUUGUACUGUCUGUUUGUUGCCGCUACGGUCUUGCAGUACUUCAUAAAGUUUUGGACAAAUGAUCUGCCAGACUCACAUGCAAAAUUCCAUGUACUUUUCCUUUUCUUUGUGGCUGCCAUGUUCUUCAUCAGCAUACUGUCACUUUUCAGCUACCACUGCUGGCUAGUCAGCAAAAACAGAUCAACAAUAGAAGCAUUCCGGGCACCCACAUUUCGAAAUGGCCCUGACAAAAAUGGCUUCUCUCUCGGAUGCAGCAAAAAUCUGAAAGAGGUUUUUGGAGAUGAAAAGAAGUAUUGGUUGCUGCCUGUUUUUACAAGCUUGGGUGAUGGUUGUAAUUUUCCAACUCGCCUGGUGAUUAUGGAUCCAGAGCAACUUACUGUCUCAAGCCAAAAUGAACCCCCCAAAAGUUCUGGAGCCAAUCAGCCCUUUCCUGUCAGGCCACUCAGUGAGUCACAAAAUCGAUUGUUGGACAAUGAAAGUCAGUGGGUGGAAGGUGGCUCAGAAGAAGAAAAUGUUAAAUCAGGUAGUGCAAAAAAGCAUGUUAUAGUUUCAUUGGAAAGCUGAUCUCAGUCUGUUAAUGACCAAUUAUCUCAAUGAGAAAAAGGUUUCUGCGACACAUUUGUGCUUGAAUAUUAAUUUUGUUUGGAAGAAGUUGCUCAGUAAAAUGGAACAGUGUGAACAUGUUAAAGAAGAUUUAUGAGAAAUUGUUUUUGUACAGUACAAUGGACGCUUAUAAGCACUGCUGCAGAGCAGGGAAGUAAGACAGAUGCCUUAAGAUUAUUAAUAUGCAUUUAUGCAACAUUGACUUAUAUACUGCUACAAAAGAGCCAAAUCCUGAAGUGUCCUGCAUGGGUGAGCAAGGCCCAAACAGAGCAGAAACUAUGCAUUGCUGCUGUGGGGGGAUAGAUCUGCCAAGACCCAAGCAGGCAGAUCCCAUAUUCCUGUGCACUGCAGAAGUUACUUCCAUAGCAGGUCUCCAGGGGACCAAGAAAGGGGAAAAGUGGAUGUGUUGCCCACAAACACAGAGCAUGGCCAGUGAGUCUCCACUGUGUAGCUACAUGUGGCCCAAACACCACGUAAGAGAAGAGCAGCACGAUGUAUCUUCAUCUCUUCCUAGUACCUAGUGGUAGCUGGUCACACACUUACUACCCCUGUACCCUGGCUCUGUAGUGCUGUGGGGGUUAAAAACGCCUUCCUUCAGCCCUGCUUUGUUGCAGCAAAAUGCCAAGCAGGUAAAGCUCUUUCACUUGGGCUCCACUUGUUUGCUUCAGGAUUGGGCCCCCUAGUAAUUUGAUUUCUUUAAUCCUAUCAGGAAUGUGACUCCGUAAAGUGACCAUUUAGAUAUAGUAACCUGAACAACAAUUUUAUUUUUCCUACAGUUGCCUCUCAACAUACAAAACAUUUGUCAAUCCAGAAAGGAGCUAACAAACUAGUACACUUUUCUGUUAGGGGUGCAAAAUGGGAUGUACAAGGCAGUAACAGAGCAGCAAGAUCCUAGUGGCAGCAGAAAACUUAUUGUAAGUUUUGUACUGUAUUGGAAAAUGGAACUGGAGGAAAUUACUGCUUUUUAUAUUGAACACUUGAUGGUUUAUAAACAUUGUUUUAUAUUUGCUUUAGCUUUUUAAU